CCAUAAAUAUGUUCACCAUACAAAAAAAUUGUAUGCCCAUGCAGAGAAUAGGUUCUUUACUUCAGAAAGUAGAGAUCUUUUAUAUUUUUCGAUUUGGGUAUGGGUUUUGUUUUGGUAUCUUUUUGCCUUGUCAUGGAGGUGUUUGCCUAGAUGCUUUCUUUCGUUGGUACUACAUAUAUCUACAGUCUUUUUUUGGAAGAAUGCAUCGCAUUGUUGAUUUAAACAGUAUCCAUUUCUACUAUCUAUCUGUUUGUUAGAGAUGGAUUUGGAUUUUGAUUAUAUUGUAUUGCUUCAGAAAUUUUUGGUUCUGUUGUUUGUUAUUACUCUUUCUUUCAAGAUGAUUAGAUAUAUGUGCAGCUUCCUAAAUGUAGAAAAGGAACCUGUGAGAGUUCUGGUAACUGGCGCUGCAGGGCAAAUAGGCUAUGCUAUUGUUCCAAUGAUUGCUAGAGGAGUCAUGCUAGGCCCUGAUCAACCUGUAAUUCUGCACAUGCUUGAUAUUGAACCUGCAGCUGAGGCCUUGAACGGGGUGAAAAUGGAAAUGAUAGAUGCAGCCUUUCCUCUGCUAAAAGGAGUUAUUGCUACUACUGAUGUUGUUGAAGCAUGCAUGGGAGUCAAUGUUGCGGUUAUGGUUGGUGGGUUUCCACGAAAAGAAGGUAUGGAGAGAAAGGAUGUGAUGUCUAAAAAUGUAUCUAUUUACAAGGCUCAGGCUUCAGCAUUGGAGAAGCAUGCUGCUGCAGAUUGCAAGGUGCUAGUGGUGGCAAAUCCAGCAAAUACCAAUGCACUCAUCUUGAAAGAGUUUGCACCUUCAAUCCCAGAGAAAAACAUUACAUGUCUUACACGACUUGAUCAUAACAGAGCAUUAGGCCAAAUCUCUGAGAGGCUAGAUGUUCCUGUUAGUGAUGUGAAGAAUGUCAUCAUAUGGGGAAAUCAUUCAUCAACUCAGUAUCCUGAUGUCAAUCAUGCAACUGUCACAACCAGCGGCAGAGAGAAGCCUGUCAGAGAACUUGUUGCUGAUGAUCAAUGGUUGAACACUGAAUUCAUCACCACUGUUCAGCAACGAGGUGCAGCCAUCAUCAAAGCUCGAAAGAUGUCAAGUGCAUUAUCUGCUGCAGGUGCUGCUUGUGAUCAUAUACGAGAUUGGGUUCUUGGGACACCUAAGGGAACAUGGGUAUCUAUGGGAGUGUAUUCUGAUGGAUCUUAUGGGAUUCAACCUGGUCUUAUUUAUUCUUUUCCUGUUACAUGCGAGAAAGGAAAUUGGUCUAUUGUGCAGGGGCUAAAGAUUGAUGAGUUUUCAAGGGCGAAAAUGGAUGCAACAGCGAAAGAGCUAACGGAAGAAAAAUCCUUGGCCUAUUCAUGUCUCAAUUGAAAAUGUUCUCAUUUUAUCUUUGGAGAAUAAUGAAAGAAACUCAAAACAUCCAAGAACAAUAACAGAAAUUAAGAGGCAACACGUUUCUUUUGUAAUUUUAGAUAGUUAAUAAAUUUCAGUUUUCAUUGAA